AAUCAGCAGCAUCUUCUGUUAUUUUAAAAUAUUAAACAGAAAUCGAAUGAAGAAGAAGCUGAAGGAAGGUUGUUUUAAUUUGCGGUGGAGUGAAGAAUCUCCUACUAUCACAUUUCUCUUCAAAACCAACACACUCUUAAAACAAAACAAUGGAUACUCUGUUUUUACAAAGCGGAAUUUCUGGUAUAGCUUCUUCUAUCAUUGCUAAUGACUACGCGCCUCGAUCAAACAAGUCCCCCGUCUUUUCCAGAUUCUUCUUUCGAAACUCUCUCAACUUCCAACGCAUCGGGAGUUCCGCCACUUACAAUGACAUCGCCGUAAACGACGCCGUUAUGGAUGAGCCAGAAGGAGAGGAAGAAGGGCAAAAUGGGAACUGGAUUUUCGAAGUUUUUCAUCUGAAUUCUGUUUGGAGAGGAGAACAAGAGAAUGAUGCUAAUGAUGAAGAAGAGUGUGAUAUUUGUAGGGUUGACGAAGAUGAAGAUGAAGAAAAAGAAGAGGUUCGGUUUGAUAGAGAGUCUUUUUCGAGAAUGCUUCGUAGGGUAUCCUUACCUGAAGCAAGAAUGUACGCACACAUGUCCCACUUGGGGAGUUUGGCAUACUCUAUUCCCAAAAUCAAGCCAGGGAACCUUUUGAAAAGAUGUGGUUUGCGUUUUGUAACUUCAUCGAUAGAGAAGAAGGAAUUGAUUGCGGCUGCUGAAAAAAAUCAGUCGUCUGGUGCAAUUCAGAAAGAAGAAACUAAUGAGAAAAAUGCUGGAGAAAGAGAAGAGGAAGAGAACGCUGAAUUGAAGAUAAGUGCUUGUGCCGCGUGUGGGAUUGCAGUGGUUGAUGGUUCAUUUGAAGUAAGCAAUGAGAGUGUUGAUACGGUGAACGUGAUAAACACCGAGGUUGGAUCUUUGAUGGCUAAUACUGAUUCAAUCACAGAAAUUGUUGCUGCGUAUGAGGAAGUAAAACAAGCCGUUGCAGAUGAUUUGAAGUCAACAAGUUCUUCACCUUGUGAAUGGUUCAUAUGUGAUGAUGACCAGAGUUCUACAAGAUAUUUUGUUAUUCAGGGUUCAGAGACAUUUUCAUCCUGGCAGGCAAACCUACUUUUUGAGCCAGUUCAAUUUGAGGAGUUAGAUGUCCUUGUUCAUAGGGGUAUAUAUCAGGCUGCUAAAGGAACAUAUCAGCAGAUGUUGCCUGAGGUUCACGCUCACCUAAAAUCUCAAGGUUCUCGAGCAACUUUCCGCUUCACUGGCCAUUCUCUUGGAGGAAGCUUGGCAUUACUUAUAAAUCUUAUGCUGUUGAUAAGGAAGGAAGUGCCAAUUUCUUCUUUGCUUCCAGUGAUAACCUUCGGCUCACCGUCCAUCAUGUGUGGAGGUGAUUGUCUUCUCGAAAAGCUAGGAUUACCGCGGAGUCACGUUCAAGCAAUCACAAUGCACCGAGACAUAGUACCACGGGCGUUUUCUUGCAAGUACCCUAACCAUGUUGUCAAACUACUAAAGGCUGUUAAUGCCAGCUUCCGGAGUCAUCCUUGUCUUAAUAACCAAAAGCUACUAUAUGCACCAACGGGUCAACUUUUGAUUCUACAGCCAGAUGAGAAAUUUUCGCCAAGCCAUCAUCUCCUGCCAUCAGGUAGUGGUCUAUAUAUUAUGAGUGGUCCUCUUUCAGAAUCCAGUGACACAGAGAAUCAGCUCCAAGCUGCUCAAUUGGUUUUCUUGAACUCACCACAUCCACUUGAGAUAUUAAGUGAUCGAUCCGCGUAUGGACCUGGAGGGACAAUACAACGAGAUCAUGACAUGAAUUCGUACUUAAAAUCUGUGAGAACUGUGAUUCACCAAGAACUUAGCCAAAUCCGCAUGGCAAGGAAAGAGCAAAAACGAAAAGUGCGGUGGUCUCUUGUUGCACGAGGUGGAAGUGAUUUGGACAUUGUUGGUGGGAGGUCAGUGGUAUCGGUCCGUAUUAUUCAAGACCAGCCUCCCUUUUCUGGGAUCAUGAUGACAGGAAGAGAAUCCUUGAAAAGGUUCAGUAGGCUUGUUGCUUCCCAACACAUGCAAAUGUUUUUAGUGUUGUUGUUUCCAGCAAGGUUUUUACUCUUGGAAACAUAUAACUUGAUUAGCUUAAGAUGAAAAGUUGAUAGUACCUAACUUUUCCAUUGAGACAGUUGUAGAGGGUAAUGGCACAUGGUUGGUAAUGGUGGUACAGCUAGAUGAUUCGUUACUCACUGCUUUCAAAAAUUGAAAGUAAUGUGCCUUCCAUGAUUAGUGAUUGUACAGAAAAUAUUGCUCAAAUAAUAACAAACACAAAAUUAAUUGCUUUAGAA